CCUGUGUGUUUGACUCCUGCUCUCUUCCCCCCCCGGGGGAUUCUAUCACCCACCCAAUGCUGAGGCAGACUGACUACUCUUCCUGUCACUGUGGGGGUGUUUGACUCCAUGAGUGCUCUGAGCUCAUAUGUGCUGAGUGUGAGUUCAGAGUGUGUGUUAAUGCGAGUGCCAUCGGACCUUUUGCUCCUCUGCACUAUGCCAGGUACUCGCUGAAGAAUGGCUCUGUAACAUCAAUGCGAAAACAGAACUAGCUCAACACAGUGCACUGGUUUGAAUGUAGUUUUUUGGGGGGGUUUGCAACAAGAAUUACUCAAGUUGAACUCAACCUGCAAGAGCCACAAGAACCUUUCAGUCUUCUCUCCUCUUUCUAAACACUCACAGGAUGGAUCAUGACUGGCAUGGAACCAAGAAAAGUGGCCACAGGCACUAUGAUGAUGACGAGGACCAACAGUCCAUCUAUAUCGGUGUUCCGGUUCCAAGGGGUUACAGCAGGCGCAAGCGCCGUCGUCAUCGUCACCAAUCACGCCACGCCGGUGAGGAGGGCCGCAGCGAGCGUAAACACACACGUCACGAGCACCACACCAGGGAUGAGCACUACGACCCUGACGAAGGCUCCGAAGGCCCCUCCCAUCACCAGUCCCAGCAGUCGCUGGCCGACGUCAACGCCACAAUUUCCCCGGCUGCAGAGCGUCUGCGCUGUCUCCUGGGUGAGGAUGAUGAGCCCACCCCCACCAUCUUCACUGAGAUGGACACACUACAGACCGAGGGGGGAGAGAUGGAGUGGCAGGAGUCUGCCAGGUGGGUGAAGUUUGAGGAGAAGGUGGAGAAGGGUGGGGAGAGAUGGAGCAAGCCUCACGUGUCCACACUGUCCCUGCACAGCCUGUUUGAGCUGCGCACCUGCCUGCAGACCGGCAGCAUCCUGCUGGACCUGGAGGGAUACUCCCUGCCUCAGAUCAUUGAUGAGAUUGUGGAGCGUCAGAUCCAGGAUGGCCUGAUUGUUCCAGAUCUGAGGGACCAGAUCAGCUUUGUGCUUCUGAGAAAGCAUCGGCACCAGACCAAGAAGGCAACCCACCGAUCCCUGGCAGACAUCAACAAGUCCUCCAGCCCCGCUCCACCCAGCCGUAGUCCCAGCACGGCGUCAGGUCUCCAUCGCUCCACUGAGGACAUACAUGGGCGGUACAGCGGCAGCCUCGGCCGGCUGCAUCCUUCCCAGAGUCGCAGUAUGAACGACAUCUCUGACACGCCCAGCACAGACCAGCUGAAAAACAAGUUCAUGAAGAAGAUCCCUCGUGAUGCAGAGGCUUCUAACGUGAUGAUUGGAGAGGUGGACUUCCUGGACAAGCCGUUUGUGGCCUUCGUACGAUUGGCUCAGGCCACAACACUGGGCGGUCUCACUGAGGUUCCAGUGCCUACCAGGUUCUUGUUCAUUCUGCUUGGACCCACUGGCAAAGCCAAGUCCUACAAUGAGAUCGGCCGAGCCAUCGCUACACUCAUGGUUGACGAUAUUUUCAGCGAUGUGGCCUACAAGGCAAGAGACCGCGACGACCUGAUCGCAGGGAUCGAUGAGUUUCUGGAUGAGGUCAUUGUUAUUCCACCAGGAGAGUGGGACCCCAAGAUCCGCAUAGAGCCCCCUAAGACAGUCCCCUCAGCCGAAAUGCGUAAAUCUGUGUUGAACCUAAAUGAGUUGGGACAGAUGAAUGGAACAGCAGGAGGAGGCAGAGCCGCUGCUGAUGAUGAGGAAAUGCCCCAACCUCAUGAACUAGGGGAGGAGCUAGCAUUUACUGGGAGGUUCUGUGGGGGUCUCUAUCUGGACAUUAAGCGUAAGUUGCCGUUCUUGCUGAGCGACAUCUACGAGGGCUUCCACAUCCAGUCGAUCUCAGCCGUGCUGUUCAUCUACCUGGGUACCAUCACCAACGCCAUCACCUUUGGAGGCCUGCUGGGGGACGCCACAGACAACUACCAGGGUGUUAUGGAGAGUUUCUUGGGAACGGCGUUAGCAGGGACGGUCUUCUGUCUGUUUGGUGGCCAACCCCUCAUCAUCCUCAGUUCGACUGGACCCAUCCUUAUCUUUGAAAAACUGCUCUAUGAGUUUAGCAAGUCAAACGGUAUUGACUACAUGGAGCUGCGUCUGUGGAUCGGCAUGCACUCGUGUGUGCAGUGUCUGUUCCUGGUGGCGACGGACGCCAGCUUCAUCAUCAAGUACAUGACGCGCUUCACAGAGGAGGGCUUCUCCAGCCUCAUCUCCUUCAUCUUCAUCUCCGACGCCAUCAAGAAGAUGGUGGGCUCUUUCAAAUACUACCCCAUCAACCGUGGCUUCAAGCCCGACUACGUCACCACCUACAAGUGUGAAUGCUUUGCACCAGACCAGAUGGCCAUGAUGGGAAACUCUUCAGUUCCUCUUGGCCCUGAUAACAUGACUGAGUUGUAUAACAUGACAGGUCUUGACUGGAGCCAGCUCAGUAAGAAAGAGUGCAUCAAGUAUGGAGGCGAACUGGUGGGCCAGUCGUGCAAGUACGUGCCGGACUUGGCCCUCAUGUCCUUCAUCCUCUUCUUCGGGACCUACUCCAUGACCGUCUCGCUCAAGAAGUUCAAGGGCAGCCGCUACUUCCCCACCAAGGUGCGCGCCCUGAUGGGAGAUUUUUCCAUUAUCAUCUCCAUCCUUGUGUUCUGUGGCCUGGACUACCUGCUAUCCCUGGAGACUCCCAAACUGCAUGUCCCCACAGAGAUUAAGCUUCGUAAGCUCAUCAGUGAUUUCAGCAUCUUCAUGUCAAUCAUGACCUUUGUGGGCCUUGACAUGCUCAUGGGUCUUCAGACGCCUAAGCUAAUCGUUCCAACAGAGUUUAAGCCCACUAGGCCAGAUCGGGGCUGGAUCAUCAUGCCCUUCGGGAAGAACCCGUGGUGGGUGUACGUGGCCAGCGCUGUUCCUGCACUGCUGGUCACCAUCCUCAUCUUCAUGGACCAGCAGAUCAGCGCUGUCAUUGUCAACCGCAAAGAGAACAAACUAAAGAAGGGCUGUGGGUACCAUCUGGACCUGUUCUGGGUGGGCCUCCUGAUGGCGGCCUGCUCCUUCAUGGGGUUGCCAUGGUAUGUGGCUGCUACUGUCAUCUCCAUCGCCCACAUCGACUCCCUCAAGAUGGAGAGUGAGUCAAGCGCACCAGGAGAACAGCCACAGUUCUUGGGAGUUCGGGAACAGAGAGUGACAGGGAUUCUGGUGUUUGUGUUGACUGGAGUCUCCAUCUUCCUCGCUCCCGUUCUGAAGUACAUUCCCAUGCCAGUUCUCUAUGGAGUGUUCCUGUAUAUGGGGGUGGCAUCUCUAAAUGGCAUUCAGUUCUGGGAGAGGAUUAAGCUGUACCUCAUGCCUGCCAAGCACCAGCCAGACUUCACCUUCCUGCGGCACGUGCCCCUGCGGCGGGUCCACCUCUUCACCCUGGUGCAGAUCACGUGUCUGGCCGUGCUCUGGAUCCUCAAGUCCACCAUGGCCGCCAUCAUAUUCCCUGUCAUGAUUCUGGGGCUGAUGGUAGUACGGAAGCUUCUGGACUACAUGUUCUCUCAGCACGACCUGGCCUGGCUGGACGACAUCCUCCCUGAGAAGGACAAGAAGAAGAAAGAGGACAAGAAAAAGGGCAAAGCUGCAGAGCAGGACAGCGACGAGGAGGCAAAGUGUCCCAAAGAAACCCCUCCUUCUGUGAAGAUUCCCAUGGAAACUAUGGAUCCACCAGUUGACCCCACCUCUAGUCCCGCCUCUCCUCCCUCUGACCCUCCCACCUCUAACUAAGCAUCAACCCCGAUCCCCUGAUGAUGCCGAUCUGGACCGCAGCCUCACCCUGCACCUGAAGAUCUCCUGCCCCCCCUCCCCGGCUCAGGCCACCGGCCAUCAGCUGCAGGCCAUCAGCCCCUUGCCACAGGUCAGGAUCCAGGUGGACUCGGACUCUGAGGACACCGACCUUCAUCAUCACCCUCAUCCUCAUCUUCAUUCUCGCAGGCCGAGGGACCUGGACUAUGGCACCCAGCUAUAGCCUCUUGAGAGAGAUAGCCUCCUCACCAGACACCACUGUGCGUCAGCGUCACAACUAACCAGGGAUAGGCUUCCCAAAACCACCAAAAGAAAAAGAAUGCUCCCUUUUAAUGCAUUUAAUGGUGGAAGCUGCACAAUGCUGCUUUUGGGAAACACACCCAAGGCCUGGUUUCCAAAAAGCAUAGCUAAAGGCGCCAUGUCAGAGAGAGAAAGAGGGGGCAAAGAGGGUGCAGAAAUAAGAGAAUGAAAUAGGUGGUGCAAAGCAUUCUCCAUCACAUCCUAGCCACUGACUGUGGAGCAGCUUCAGUCCUAUCCAGGUGUGCAUCUGUGCCAGGUGAUAUUGAUGAGUGUCUGUUCCAUAGUCAGGUGCUAGUCAUGAUUGCACCAUCAGCAAUGUUAUGCUUCUUGGAGGCCAGGCCAGGGUCAGCUAUUUCAUGGCAGUAUGACUUCCAUCAUACUAAAUUAUAUUAAAUAUAACAAAAUUACCUUUGUGUUGACAGAGGGCAUUUUCUUUCUAAACUUCAAUUUGUUUGUUCUAAAUAGGCUACUUUACAAUACAGUAUACAUAAUAAGCACACAUCUUUUAAUGAUGAAUUACUUGCAGCAUUUCAAAAAAGCAACCAAAUAUUUUAUUGAAUAAAUAGCAAAACAAUAUUGUAUGUGAAGAUAUGUUUUCAUUCUUCUAUUAACUCAGCAUUUGCUAUAAAUCAUUAGUGUGUGUAUUAUUAAAUAGUGUCAAAGCAGUUGUAUGUAUAAGUGUGCAUAAGACUGAGUGAUGGAGACAAAAUGUAAAACAUUGAUUUGUGAAGAUGAGAUUGCAAGUCGUAUAAUAAAAUGUAUUUAAUCUAAAA